AUGCAAUACAUUCUAAGUUUUCUCACUUUUUCAAUAGUUUUUAUUGCAUAUACACAGUCAAUCAGUUUCAAUCUACCGAUUAACACUAGAAAAUGUUUAAAAGAAGAGAUUCACAAAGAUACGAUGGUGACUGGUGAUUAUGAUAUAACUGUUCGACCUGGUUUACCUACUCAUGUUGAAGUCAAGGAUACUAAAGGACAUACAUUAUUUAAUAAAGAAGAUGCUACUAAGGGAAAAUUUGCGUUUACAACAGAAGAAUUCGAUAUAUUCGAUAUCUGUUUUGAAACUAAAACACCACAUGGUCAACAACAACAUCUAUCUCCCCAUCAUACAACAAAAGAAGUAACAUUUACAAUAAAACAUGGUGUUGAAACAAAAGAUUAUGAUGCAUUAGCUAAAGCUAAUAAAUUGAAACCAUUAGAAGUUGAAUUAAAUCGUUUAGAAGAUUUGUCAACUGCUAUUGUAUCGGACUUUGCUUAUAUGAAAGAACGUGAAGAAGAAAUGCGCAAUACAAACGAAUCAACGAAUAAUAAAGUUCUUUAUUUUUCCAUUUUUUCAAUGGGUUGUCUCAUGAGUUUAGCCAUAUGGCAAGUACUCUAUUUACGACGAUAUUUUAAAGCUAAAAAGCUUAUUGAUUAA